CUCGUGUAGUGUAGGUCUCUCAACAGUACUAGAGCCGUUUUUGACACAUUACAAAGAGAAAGAUGUCCAGCCUAUACCUGUCUCAAAGUCGACUCAUGGAGAAAAACAGGACAACGUACGGCCAUAUGAACCACUGGAUGAAUAUGCCGGGACGGGCACUGCCCUCUAACGCCCCAGUCACACUGUCGGACGGAACAUGGCGCAGAAUACCGACGAUGGACCAAGCGAACAACUUCCGGUCUGUAUACGACAGCACACCCGAGGAGAGGUUCAACAAGAACUACCAGGAGAUGACACAGAGGAUAGCAUACCGACACCCCAACCCAGGCAUGCCCAGAUCACGGCAGGGACGUAUCGGAGGCAGUUGGCGGCACAUCAAAGAGGUCCUGGGACAUGGUGGAAGUCAGAUUUGUUUUGUUGAUGGCCUAGUGCGGAUGUACGAUAGUACCAAGUUUAACCAGGCCUUGUCGGAAGAGGCCCCAUCACGACCCCAUAUUACACCCAUUGUGCCACCCAGGACCCCAAGAUGUACCUACAACCGAUACGACAUCUCUGAUCACCAGGGUCGAGUGCAGACCCACAGAGCCUACGAGUAUGAGCACUGCCUGCCUCAGAUCCCACAGUCCGCCAGAUAUCCACAGAAGGGGGAUAAAUACCAAGGUUUCUUCAAACUGAAGUGAUCAUUCUCGUUCCCCACCGAUACAGUAUUAUGUAUGUGCCUGUAUCUACACCGCAGGAUGGACGCGGAGGGUUACAACUCGACCAUCUGAUUGUUUGCUGUAUUACCCAGCUUUGUGAGCCUUUCCUUGGCCUCUCGACGAGCCCGUCCUUGGCCUCUUCGUGAGUCUUUCCUUGUCCUCUCCGUGAGCCCCUUGCCCUCUCCGUGAGCACUUCCUUGCCCUCUCCGUGAGCCCUUCCUUGUCCUCUCCGUGAGCCCUUCCUUGUCCUUUCCAUGAGCGCUUCUUUGUCCUCUCCGUGAGCCCUUCCUUGUCCUCUCUGUGAGCCCUUCCUUGCCCUCUCCGGAAACCCUUCCUUGACCU